AUGGCCGUAGGUCACCUCACCGCAUGCGCCGCUGCCAGCCAUCCUGUCGUGCCUUCGCGCCGCGCCCGCCGUGAUGCCGCGCGUUGUUGCCCCCAUUGUUGCUGCUGCUGCGUGCAAAUACCGCCGCGCCGCCCGCACGAGCCGCGUCGGAGCCGCCCCUGCCCUGUCACUGCGGCUCGCACUCGCCACGUCGUGCCCGCGUCCCGACCACACACCGCCGCGCGCUCCGCGCUCAUGCGCGUGCUCACACAGCCCCGCGCGGCCUUGCUCGCCCCACACUUGCUGCUGCCUGAUGCAGCCACUGGCGCCCGCGGCCGCGCCCUCUACCCCGCGACUGCGCGCCCGCCGGAGCUCUGCCGCUCGGGCCGCCCCUGCACCCGCCUCCUUUUCCAAGCGCCGCGCCGCCCUGCCCUGCAGCUCCGCCCGCCGCGCCGCGCGUGGCCACCGGCAUGCGCACCCCUGCGCCGCUGUUUGCCGCCGGCCCCGCCCCGGGCUGCCGUGCCCAUCGCCGCCCGGGCUCGGCCUCCGCUCGGGAGCCCUCACGCCCCAGCGCCCACUACCCGUUUCGUCCACUAA